AUGGCCCUCCAUACUCGUUUUGCUAUUCUUGCCUUCUUAUAUUCACUUAUACCUAUUACAUUGGGACAAUUUAUACAAGAUUAUCAAUGGGUUAAUGGUAGACCUCAAUGGCGAAGGGACACAACACUUCAGCUCGAAGAUGUUUUGAUUCCUCAGAACAUGGUUAUACUCGAGUAUAACUGUGACUACAUGCCAGCAAUUUGUCAAAAUGCGCAAAACUGGUUAAAUGGUCCUCGGGGGGCCAACAGAGCUCUAAUGACCAACCGAAUAACGGGCGUGGUCAUACCCCCGAACAGCGAACUAUUCUCAUACGACUUCGGCCCUCAUUCUGAUAGCCGAGGCGCUAGAAUGUGCCCUGGUAAUUGGAGGAAUAAUCACCCAUGUCCCGAACCGAACCAACCCCCUAUUAUGCCCGGGCCCUGGUAUAGCACCGCCCGUGAGAACGUGAGGGCGUUGCAGGCGAACGAGAUUAGAGCAGACCGGAGGACCCCCGGCCGGGAGAUACGAAGCGGCCGUUACUACACUUGCGAUGAAUUUCCACCCCGAAGUUUUGUCGAGGGAGGAAAUGGUACCCCGAACCAGAAUGUGAUGCCCGAAGGUGAUGGCGGUAGAGGGACGACCUAUUGCGCUCCUCAGAGAUUAGCUUGUACUCCAAGACAAGUCUUUCAACCUUAUGUCCGCUCAGAACAAGAUUGGCAAGCAUCUGCACACACCAAGUUACGAGGAAAGCUCUGGACAGAAUCGAAGAAAGCGAAUGGCGGAAUCACCACCGGUUUUGAAAACCGAGCAGCUCUUUUCGCCUUUAGGCUUGCCAAUAGGGGCACAACAAACGGCCGAUACGCAAGAGUAUUAUGGGGGCCAAAUCAGGGAAAGAUCAUACCUGUCGUUCACAAACGUGAUGGUCAGGAAGACAUGGACUUCGAUGAUGAGGGCUGGUCUUCCGUGGAUUUGCACGUCAACGGAACCGAGUCUGUUACGCGAGCUCGCAAAAGGAAAGCAGAUCCAUCAUCGAGUAGCUUACCCUUAAGCCGCCGGUGUGAUCCUUCAAAUAGCACUUGCGAUGUAACUCCAUCUUGCAAUGGAGACUCAGCCGCGAAUCGUCGGCUUGCUUAUUACCAAGGCCAUAAUAGCGUGAAUCGGAACUGCAACCCCGUAAAACCCGGUGCUAUUAACACGACAGGGCUAACACAUCUCAUCUUUUCACACGUGGACUUCGACAAUUCAACAUUUCAGGUCACACCUGGUUCCGAUACGUCCCUCCUUCGCAACUUCACCUCCCUAGCCCGCAACAAUUUGCAGACUUGGAUUGCCAUCAAUGGAGAUGACACAGCGUGGAGUACCAUGGCCUCGGCGGAAGGUAACCGAAAGAAAUUCAUUCAAUCUCUCGACGACUUCAUUAAAAAGUAUGGGUUUCAGGGGGUCGACUUGAUGUGGGAAAAUCCUGGGGAUAAGUCCCAAGGAGGUAGAUCUCAAGACGGUGAAAACUUCGCCGCUCUCGUCCGUGAGAUCAACAGCACCUUCGAUGGACGUUAUGGGCUAAGCGUAACUCUACCAUCGGACCCUGAUACUCUUGGCAAGUUCCAGCUCAGGGAAAUGGACCCCUAUUUGACCUUUUUCGGGUUUAAGGCUUUUGACCUUCAUGGUCCAUGGGAAUGUAAUAAAGACGGGGUCGGGAUCCAGCCACACACCGACGUUACCACUUUAGACAAGGAUAUGCGACCUUUAUGGGUUGCUGGUGUGAGUCCGAAGAAAGUCAACUUGGGCGUCGCUUCUUAUGGUCGAUCUUACAAGCUUCGGAAUGAGUCUUGCACAACACCUGGUUGCGCAUGUAGCGGUCCUGGCGAUGCAGGACACUGCACUGCUGAUAAAGGGGUCCUAUCUAGCUGGGAGAUCCAAGAUAUGAUCUCAGACAAGAAGUAUGAGCCUCAGUUCAAUCAGACGGCAAUGGUCAAAUACUUGACAUACGGUGAUAAUAGUUGGGUCAGCUAUGACGAUAAGGAGACACUCGAUCUGAAAGAUAAAUUUGCCAGCUCUCGGUGCAUAGGGGGUCUCAUAGAUUCCUCCAUCGACUUACAACCUCAAGAUGGCACAGGUGCCUUCGGUGGUGUGCCCAGCAGUAACAACACCAACAACACAGACUCAAUCUGGGUAUCGCCAGCAAUAUGGAAUAAUACGCAUCCCGAGGUCGUGUGCUCAUACCCGUGCACCCUUGUACUGCCUCCCUGGACAAAAACGACAUCAACCAUCGACUAUCCUGUAGUGACGUAUACAAGCAGUUCGUUGACUACGACCGUCACUCCGCCACCACUGACAGUUUCGGUGUGGUGGAUCUCGACAAUCAUUGUCGGGGAAGAUAUCACGACUCCUCCUUCGUCGGGUGAAAGUGUGACAGCUAAUGUCACUAUGUUCCAAACCACUGCUUGGCCGCCAAUCACUAUUACGGACGACGAUGGGAAGGAACACACAACGCAGGCUGCGGGUGCUCCCCCUGUUAUACCUCCAGGCGCAAUCCCUGUUCCCCCAAUUGUCGUGCCAUUCGGGUUACCACCGGGGCCGACGGCGGCUGUCCCCUUUCCAACACCUUGUAUUGCGGCUUUCGGCCUUUGUAGCCCGGGCGACACUGGGGAUGGAGGUGACGGGGGUGAUGAAGGUGAAAACAAUUGCCCCGACCUACAAUGUGAUCCGUCAAGUGACGACGGCGACGGUGACGAUGGUGGGGGCGACGGUGAUGACGGAGAUGGCGAUGACGAUGGUGAUGAUGGGGACGAGGAUGGGGACGUUUGCUCUUACGUACCUCCCAUAAGCAGUACGCUCAGCACGAGUUCCACAUCGAGCACAACUUCAUCUUCGUCUUCCACAACUACGACAUCGUUAUCUUCUUCUUCUACCACCUCGCAUUCAUCAACUAGGUCCCGCACGACGACCUCUAGUUCUAGCAGAACAACCUCGCGAUCAACCAGUUCACGCUCGACAAGCUCUCGUUCAAGGACGACUAGUUCCCGCAGUUCCCGCACAACCAGCUCUCGUACAAGUCAUUCACGCACGACAACAUCCCACACCUCAUCUCGCAGCACAAGCACUCGUUCCCGCACCACUUCCCACACAACCACCACAUCAGCAGCAGCUUCAACACCGACCUCUUGCAGCGGAUCCAAAUUCCCUGCCGCGCUAAUCUACGCAUGGUCCGACUACAAAAACAACAAGUUCUCGUUCCGAGGUAUCGACUACUGCGCGUCAUCCAGCUCAAAGCCCUACCCUGACUCUGCCUGCGACGCAGACUGGGCCUGGACGCAGAAUCUCCCGAACUCCGACUCGCAAUCCCAAAUCGCGUCCGAUCUAAAAGAUAUCUCGGUAUUCGGAGAUACGUGCAAUUUCAAGAAAGACGACGGCGGGCCGGGAUCUUCUGGUCGGUAUACGGGAAAACUGAAGUGUGGGAAGUGGAAGACGGCUUCGUGCACUUCGUCCGAUACGAAUAACCAUGAGGAACAUCCUUGUGAUUCGGAUCAGAAGGUCUGGUGGAAUUUUGAGUGGUCGUGUGUCUGGGGUUCGUAG